UCCCGCCCUCCGCGGUCACGUGGCCCGCUCGAUGCGCUCGGCGCUCCUCGGCGGCGCAGGCCCGGCCCGGUCCUUGUUGCGGUCCCGGUCCCGGUCCCGGUCCGGUGCCGCUCGCACCAUGUCCACCGCCAUGAACUUCGGCGCCAAGAGCUUCAAGCCGCGCCCCCCGGACAAAGGAGCCUUCCCCUUGGACCAUUUCGGGGAGUGCAGCGCCUCCAAGGAGCGCUUCAUGGAGUGCCUCCGCCGCAGCGGCUUCCAGAGCGGCGCCUGCCGAGAGCUCUCCAUGGCCUACCUGCAGUGCCGCAUGGAGAGGCAACUUAUGGCUAACGAACCACUGGAAAAAUUGGGAUUUAAAGAUCUGAUAGAUGAGAAAUCAGAAGCAAAACCUGAGAAGUCAUAAUGAAGAAAGACAACUUUGUUCUUCGUGUAUGGAAAACACAACUCUUACGUAGUACAUAUUGUACUCCUGUGCGUAUUGCAGUAGGAAGUGUUUCGUGACGGAACCUUUCUUUCAAAAUAUUCUUUCCUAAAAUAACACUUUCCUCACUUCAGAAAGGACUGCCUUUGUUUACUUUCCUGAAGUAUUUCUUAGCUUUUUUCUUUUAAAUUCUCUAGUCUACUCUUGAAGAUCCAUGAGAACUUUACGUGGGAGAAAACAACUGCUGCCUGAAGUAUUCUCCAUGCCUCUUCAAAAACAGUAAACUCUUGUUUUUAAAAAACAAAAGCAAACAAACAAAACCCCCCACCUUUAUUGUGUAGAUCUGGAACCUGUAGUCUUACAUGUGGUGUUACUAGUAUGCUUACAGCAAUUACUUGUCAGGUGGAAAUAAAGCUGUUGUGGUACUUGCAAA